AUGCCUGCGACGUCUUCCAGCACCACAACCACAACCACGGUUUCCACUACUCUGGCGACAACAACCAAGACAACAGUGCAGAGCACUACAACAUCGACUUCCACUGGGUCUAGCUGCACAGGGACAUUUAGUGCAAUUUCCGCCUCUAACUAUGUCGCGAAGCUUCAUCCAGGAUGGAACUUGGGAAAUACUUUAGAUGCCGUUCCAGAUGAAGGCUCCUGGAACAAUGCGCCCGUUGUUGCCUCCACCUUCAAAACAGUACAAGAUGCGGGCUUUAACAGCGUUCGAAUCCCAGUCACCUACGCAUACCAUUUCACUGGCAGCUCCCCAGACUGGACCGUCAACCCAGACUGGCUGCAACGAGUGUCUGAUGUGGUUGAUAUGGCCACGUCGUUGGGGCUGUAUACCAUUGUCAAUGUUCAUCACGAUUCCUGGGUCUGGGCCGAUGUCACUGCAUCUGGUGCCAACCUCACCAUGAUUGAAGAGAAAUUCUAUCGACUUUGGUAUCAGAUCGGCACCAAGUUGGCCUGCAAGUCAAGUCUCGUCGCCUUUGAGUCUAUCAAUGAGCCUCCAUGCAACGAUGCGACCGAUGCAGCCGAGAUCAACAAAUUAAACAAGAUUUUCCUGCAAGCUAUCAAUGAUGCAGGUGGAUUCAAUUCUCAACGAGUCGUCAACCUCGUUGGGGGUGGUCAGGACAGCGUGAAGACCUCGGAAUGGUUCGAGGCACCUUCAGGGUUCUCAAACCCUUACGCGAUUCAAUUCCACUACUACAGUCCCUACGACUUUAUCUUCAGUGCAUGGGGUAAAACCAUCUGGGGAUCUGACUCCGAUAAAGCAACUGUUUUAUCCGACUUCCAACUAAUUCGGAACAAUUUCAGUGACGUCCCAAUUAUUCUCGGCGAGUACGAUGCUUCUCCUACCAACACAGAGCCUGCUGCCCGGUGGAAGUACGUUGAUCAACUGAUUCGCUCCGCGACUGGCCUGAAUUUUGCUUGCAUCCUCUGGGAUAAUGGUCUAGACCAUUUAGAUCGAGACGCUGCAUCAUGGCGCGAUCCAAAUUCCAUCUCGAUGAUCACGAAAUCAACUGCAAACACUGCGAACAGCUUGCCUGGUAGUACAGAGGAUGCAUCUGCGACUACCCAGUCCUCCUCAGCCUAUAUUUUUCACCAAUAUGGCACAGAUGUGACAGCACAAACACUACCGUUUAUCUUUAAUGGAAAUAAACUCACUUCGAUUCAAGACUCAUCCGGAUCGACUUUGGUUUCAGGAACGGAUUACUCUGUUUCGGGAUCGAAUAUCAUUUUCACAGCCUCAUAUUUGUCGAAGCAUGUUUCUGCUACAACAUCGCCAGGCGUGAUCGCCAAUCUGACGCUGAAGUUCUCUGGCGGUAAUUCUUCUCCUGUUGUACAGCUUGUUCAAUGGAAGACUCCGACCCUCUCAUCCAAAACGGCGGUGGCAUCAUCCGUCUCGGGCUCAGAUCUUUCAAUCCCCAUCACAUGGGGUGGACUAAAGACAGUGGCGGCUGUCAAGGCUCUAACUACAACUGGGACGUAUCUAGUGGAUGAUUGGACUGUAUACCUGGGACCUAUUCAACAGGCCAGAGCAACCUACAGCAGCCAGUACAAUUGGGACUCCUCGAAUGUGAUCAUCACUUCGUCCGCCAUUAACUCUGUCAUUUCCGCCGGUGCCACUACAGUGUUCACUUUCGAGUUCUAUCCUCGAGAUAAUGGCGCUGUGAAUGCCGUCAAUUUUACAUUGACCGUUUGA